CUGAGAGUUUGCACUCCAGCCCAGGGCUCAAAGUAAGAAGGACUAGAACCUCUCUGUCUGCAUCCUCCAAAACUCUGUCCUCUGUCCUGUUUCUCCCUGACACCGUAACCACCCCACCAAAGCAGCAGCCAUGGACGCCAUCAAGAAGAAGAUGCAGAUGCUCAAGCUGGACAAGGAGAAUGCCUUGGACAGAGCAGAACAGGCUGAAGCCGACAAGAAGGGAGCAGAGGACAAGAGCAAACAGCUGGAGGAUGAACUUGUAGCAUUGCAGAAGAAACUAAAAGGUACUGAAGAUGAGCUGGACAAAUACUCUGAAGCCCUGAAAGAUGCUCAGGAGAAGUUGGAACUUGCAGAGAAGAAAGCCACUGAUGCUGAAGCAGAUGUAGCCUCACUAAACAGGCGCAUCCAGCUGGUAGAGGAGGAGUUGGAUCGUGCUCAGGAGCGUCUCGCCACAGCCCUUCAGAAACUGGAGGAGGCUGAGAAGGCUGCAGAUGAGAGUGAGAGAGGUAUGAAGGUCAUUGAAAACAGAGCCCUGAAGGAUGAAGAGAAGAUGGAGCUGCAGGAAAUCCAACUGAAGGAAGCCAAGCACAUUGCUGAGGAGGCUGACCGCAAGUAUGAGGAGGUUGCCCGUAAGCUGGUAAUCAUUGAGGGUGACCUGGAGCGUGCAGAGGAACGCGCUGAGCUCUCAGAAAGCAAAUGUGCCGAGCUUGAGGAAGAGUUGAAAACUGUCACCAACAACUUGAAAUCCCUGGAAGCCCAGGCAGAGAAGUACUCCCAGAAGGAGGACAAAUAUGAAGAGGAAAUCAAGGUCCUCACAGACAAACUGAAGGAGGCUGAAACACGUGCUGAGUUUGCAGAGAGAACAGUCGCCAAGUUGGAAAAGUCAAUUGAUGACUUAGAAGAGAAAGUGGCUCAUGCAAAAGAGGAGAAUUUAAAUAUGCAUCAGAUGUUGGACCAAACACUUCUGGAAUUAAACAACAUGUAAAGACGUCUUGGCCUCUUCCUGCGAAGUCUGGUUUUCUGAAGACACUGCUUGUCAACGUCCCUAUAAAUACGGUUUUUGGAAGAAACGGGAGGGUGGGCUUUUUAUGUUAAAUAGCCAAUGUGCCAAUUAAGAGUGGGCUACACUGAAGCCCAAAUGACAGGAUUGGUUAGUUCAAUGGAAAUUUUAUUUAAACCAUUCCCAAUUGAUGCAACCCAUUACCCUUUUGUUUUUGUUUUUUAAUCCUCCCCAAUUGUAUGUAAAAUUAAAAAAAAUGUAUUUUCUCAAAUGUGGAACUUGUGCAAUACAAUGAUUCCUUCCUUGAGAAGACUCAAUGAGAAGUCUUAAGUACACUGACUAUUAAAGAUUUUGAUGGGGAUGUCAUGCUGUUUUGAUAUGAACUGAAUAGGUGGCACGUUCUUUAUAUGAAUAACUAUGGAAAGCCAUGUGCCAUGACAUUGCAUAAACCUGUUCAGCCUUUAUUACCCAAUGUAGACUCUAAACACAACGGGUGGUUAGCACAUCUGUAUUAGGGGUAUUAAGUAGUUUUUAGCAUUUCAUUGUUGUUUUGUGUAAGGUCAGAUUUUUAGGCUACUCAUGUCUAAGUACUUGAGUAUCUCUACCUACGUUCAUCCCUGGUGGGGUACAGCUGGCUCAAUUCUUGGUGCAUUAGAGAAACGGGGAUUGUGUGUUAAGCACAGGAGAGGGUUUCCUAUAAUCUAGAAUACUUGAUACAGUUUAAACAGUUUAGUAGAAAUGUAUUUGAAAUUGUUAAAAAGGCAGGCUGCAAAGUUUACACCUUUCUGUAUUCUUUUUUUAAAUAUCUAACUGCAUUUCCAUCCCCACUUUUGUUUUAAAUCCAAAGAAAAUUUUCAGAAUAUUUCAGAUAUUUAAAUGUGGAAGUAAAUAUAUACAUUUUGUGGAUAAAGGUUUUUCCUUCCUUAAAUGCCUCGUUUUUAUUUUAAUUUUUUUUUUUUACACUUUUUAGAUUUCAACCAAAAAAAUGUAAAGCGUUGUAAUAAGAAAUAAAAUGCACACUUGAAAUUUUCUAUAUUCUGGAUUUUGA